UUUUUUGAGCAUAACUUGGCUAUCUUUUCGGCAAAGAAGCCCAGAAUUCACGUGCCGGAAGUUAUAAAAUUUGUUUUGAAAAGGAUAUGUAUUUGGUAGCAAUAUCAUUAUUGUUCUAGACUUAUGGUUGUUUUAUGACUCUUGACUUUCGGGUCCCUCUAGUCCUGUUUAUAUAUAUAUGGUGCUAUUCUCUGUUAAUAGUUAAACUUAAAGGAGAGGUUUUUGAGUGGAGAUCUUGAAAUGGGUAGGUGGUGGUUUGGUGGGUUCUUGAUUGCGGUGGCAUUGGCAGUGGCGGCGGUGAAUGGGUAUCCAGAAGAGGAUCUGGUGGUGAAUUUGCCUGGGCAGCCUAAAGUUGGGUUCAGACAGUUUGCUGGGUAUGUUGAUGUGGAUGAAAAGGCAGGAAGGAGCUUGUUUUACUACUUUGUUGAGGCUGAGAAGGACGCUGAAACCACGCCCCUCACUCUCUGGCUCAAUGGAGGACCAGGUUGUUCUUCCAUUGGUGGAGGUGCUUUUACAGAAUUGGGUCCAUUUUACCCUGCCGGUGAUGGCAGGGCACUUCGAAGAAAUUCAAUGUCUUGGAAUAGAGCAUCGAAUCUCCUCUUUGUUGAGUCCCCUGCUGGAGUAGGAUGGUCAUACUCAAAUACAAGUUCAGAUUAUACACGCGGCGAUGCUGCCACUGCCAUGGAUAUGCAGAUUUUCAUGAUGAAAUGGUUUGAGAAGUUCCCGGAAUUGAAGUCUAGAGACUUGUUUCUCACCGGAGAGAGUUAUGCAGGACAUUAUGUACCACAGUUGGCUGAUCUUCUACUGGACCAUAAUGCACGUUCAACUCGUUUUAAGUUCAACAUUAAAGGCAUUGCUAUUGGGAACCCACUUCUCAAACUUGAUCGGGAUAUUCCAGCAGCAUAUGAAUUCUUCUGGUCGCAUGGGAUGAUUUCGGAUGAAAUUGGCCUUACCAUCAUGAAUGAGUGUGAUUUUGAUGAUUACACCAAUGCUAGUCCCCAUAAUGUAUCCCAUUCAUGCAAUGAUGCCAUAACUGAAGCAAAUGGCAUUGUUAGUAACUAUAUAAACCAAUAUGAUGUUAUACUUGAUGUCUGUUAUCCAUCCAUUGUAGAGCAAGAGCUGCGAUUGCGGAAGAUGGCCACUAAGAUGAGCCUUGGGGUUGAUGUGUGUAUGACUCUUGAAAGGCGUUUCUACUUCAAUCUCCCUGACGUUCAGAAGGCUCUUCAUGCAAAUCGGACAAACUUACCUUAUAAGUGGUCUAUGUGCAGCGGUGUUUUAAAUUACAACGAAGCUGAUGGAGAUAUCAACAUCCUUCCCAUUCUCAAAAAGAUCAUCCAACGUCGGGUUCCAGUUUGGGUGUUCAGUGGGGAUCAAGAUUCUGUCAUUCCACUGCUCAGCUCCCGAACUCUUGUCCGUGAACUAGCUCAUGAGUUGAAAUUCAAGAUAACAGUCCCAUAUGGAGCAUGGUUUCACAAGGGACAGGUGGCUGGCUGGGCAACCGAGUAUGGAAAUUUACUAACUUUUGCCACUGUAAGGGGUGCUGCUCAUAUGGUACCGUAUGCACAGCCAUCACGAUCCCUGCACCUGUUCAGUUCAUUUGUGCAUGGCCGGAGACUUCCUAAUAACACACGCCCUUCCAUCGAUGAUUGAGAAUUAGUCCAUAUUUCAGUAUAGUAUGAAAGAUUUCUGUUUUUUUUUUUUUUUUUAAUUUCGAAGAUUUGCAUUUCCAAAAGGCAAUAAGAGACUAGCAAAAUUAUACUCAAGGGGAAAAUAGGAGCAUUGGGAUUGUCUUGUUGCAUAGGAAGGAGAAUUUGUUGCAGGACUACUUCUCUUCAUGUCAUUGGUGGCAAUUCUUUAGUGAUUGAAAUGGAUUAGCUUGUAUUUUUCUUCUCAUCUUUGUUUUUGUUGAGGUGGAGAUGGCUUGUAAAACAAAAUGAUUCUGGUAUGAAAUUCAGUAUUAGACCGUAUCAGUUGAAAAUGAUU